GAUGUGAAAGUGAAUUCGGACAGAUAGGUGUGUGGUUAUAACAGUGGUUAUAGGGUAACGCCCCAAUAUUGUAGGCCUAAUACAGCAAAGAGUGUUGUACUUCUUGAGGAAUAAAAUCAUCAUUUUGGAACUUGAAGUCUCUAUCGCUGCAUCACGAUGCGCAUGUUCGCUGUCUUCAUCCUCUUCACUUUAGCCGCGUACUCCUCCGCCCAGGUCAUUGGUUUCGGCGGAUGCCCCGACAUCGCACCAGUCGACGGGUUCAAUUUCACCCGCUAUGCGGGGCGGUGGUACGAAAUUGCUCGGUUCUACUAUGCAAGUGUAGACGGGGUAGAGGGUAUCCGAUGUCAGUCGGUCAAUUACACCUUGGGAGAUGAGUAUAUUUACGCCAAUAACUCCGGAUUCGCUAAUGGGAGAGCCUUCUCGUUCAAGAUUCCGAUUAGAAGGCCGACUGAAAACGUAGGAAAGCUAUACUACGAAAAUGAAAACGGGCCUGCGGAAUUAUCUGUGGCUUUCGUGGACUACGACAGAUACGUCAUGCUCCACGGAUGCACCGAGUACCUCUGGGGCUUCAUCAACGUCCAGAUCAACUUUAUUCUCGCCCGUCAACGCAGAAUGUCCGAGGAGGACUUCGAUGACGCUCUCCGAUUUCUCACCUCAAGGGGUGUCAAUGUACGGAAGUUUAUAGAGUCUGAUCAGCAAAAUUGUCCGUUUUAGGGCGACUAUAGCCCCGAGAGGGAUGACGACGACGACGACGAUGAUGAUGUAAACGAGAUGAUGAUAAAGACGGUGGAAUACUAAUUAAAAUUCGUACUGUUUUUCUUCUACUCCAGAUCUUCCAAUUAAGGCUCCAAUAGCAAUGAUGAUAAUAAGUGUAUUUUCUUCUGUAAAUAGCGAGUUUUCGUAAUUGUAACGGGGAUGGAUCAUAAAACAGAGCAUCUAUUGAAAAUGCUCGUCAAAUCACAAUAAACAGAUUUGAGGUCUUUGUCGAAAAUUGGUGAGCCGGGACAGCAGAUCAUCCUAAGAUUCAAAGCUGAGGAAAAAAAAUCAAAUAUUGUCGUUUGUCUAGAGUCCGGGGGAGUGUUUCAUCAACAUUUUCAUCCGAGAAGUCUGGGGAGUGUUUCAUCAACAUUUUUGUCCGACAAGUUGUCAGAUCUGACAUCUUUCCUUGAUUCUGAUUGGCUGAGAGACACUGUUACUAUGGUAACUGUCGGAUAAAACAGGGGAGCGUUUCAUGAAAGGACUUGUCGGACGUUUUAUCCGACAAGUCCUGUUUUAUCCGACAGUUACUAUAGUAACAGUGCUUCUCAACCAAUCAGAAUCCAGGAAAGUUGUCAGAUCUGACAACUUGUCGGACGAAAAUAUUGAUGAAACGCCCCCCAGGACUUGUCGGAUAAAACUUCUGACAAGUCCUUUCAUGAAACGCUCCCCUGUUGUCAGAUCUGACAUCUUUCUCUGAUGUUGAUUGGCUGAGAGGUACUGUUACUAUGGUAACUGUCGGAUAAAGUGGGACUUGUCGGAUAAAACGUCCGACAAGUCCUUUCAUGAAACGCUCCUCCGGACGACACUGCUGUUUUGAUUCACUGAUUUUCGACAAAGGAUGAUUUGUCAUGAAGGGCUUUUAACAAUAACGUUCCAGAAAGUGUCUGUGCAGUGGUUUCGAAAACUCUGUCAGUAUAUUGUAAGAGUAUAUGAUAAAUUUACCACCAGGUUAAUUAUUAAGACCACACUUCUGUCUGUUGCAAACUUAUUCACUAAUUUUGACAAAUAAGAAGCGUUCUUCAAACAAUUCUGCAAUUAAAUGAGGAGUACAAGAGAUAACACAAUUAUGACAUGAAAUCAAUAAAUAACUGCACACAUUAUAUUUCUGAUUGAUAUGAAUGAAAUUAUAUAUGAAAUUACAAAUUAGUGACAUCGUGGACAAUAAUACCUUGGACUUGAUCUUUAUUUAGCUUUUGAAAAUACUCCAACACCGAGAAUGCUUAUAUCCCUGUCAUUGAUUUGUUCAAAGUAGAUGCAAGAAUACAUCAUAAGUUGGGGCACAUUGAAUUUUUGUCAUAACGAAUGUAUACGAUUUUGAUUUGUAUGAUUUAGAUAGGUCUGUUCGUGUAUCUGAUUUAUGAGGACGAAUAAAAACUUCUUUUUUUCUUAUCAAAACAUUGAA